GUCGCGGCAGUCAUGCGGGUCCGAGAGUCUGUCUCAGGUGUGCACUGUCUGAAAAGAAAACUUGGUCAGAGCCUGUGUUGUCAGAAGAAGCCUUUGUUGAACUCCUGCUUCCAGUUCCUGCUCCUGUUCUGUCUGGUGCUUCUCGUCUUGUGUUGCAUUCUGUCCAGCAGCUGGUCAUGGUGGGACAGCUUUCCACUCUGGGAGCACUACGAGAGGUUUUUUCAAACCAAUCAGGAUAAACGGCCUCUUCUUUUUAAUGUCCAUUCAUUAGACAAAGUCAAACCAAAAGAAAUCUAUCAAACCACAAAACGCCCUAUGGUACCACCUACUCUACCACCUACAGUACCACCUACUGUACCACCUACUGUACCACCUACGGUACCCCAUACGGUACCACCUACUUUACCACCUACUCUACCACCUACGGUACCCCAUACGGUACCACCUACUCUACCACCUACGGUACCACCUACGGUACCACCUACUGUUCUUCCCACGGGUCUUCAUUUCCAUCAGGGUUACCCACGCAACUACCAAUUUAUUAUGGAUAACAAAGAGGUGUGCAAGACCAAGACCCCAUUCCUGGUCCUGAUGGUUCCAGUGGAACCAAAAAACGUGGAAGCUCGAGACGCCAUCCGGCAGACAUGGGGCAACGGCAGCGUGGUUCAGGGCGAGGUGGUGCUUACUCUGUUCAUGCUGGGCCUCUAUAGAGGAGCUGAUGUCGAUCAGCUGCAGGAGAAGCUUAAACAGGAGAAUCUACAGCACCACGACUUGAUCCAGAGUGACUUCAUGGACACGUACCUCAAUCUGACCAUCAAAACCAUGGUGAUCAUGGACUGGCUGAGCACACGCUGCCCUACAGCAGCAUACGCCAUGAAGGUUGACUCGGACAUGUUCCUGAACAUUGAUAAUUUAGUCAUCAUGCUACAUAAACCAGACAUCCCCAAGCUGAACUACCUGACAGGGAGGCUUAUGUGGAACAUUCCGGUCAUCCGCUCAAAGAACUCCAAGUGGUACGUCCCUGAGGAGAUGUACCCAGAACACCUAUACCCCACCUACACCCUGGGCAUGGGAUACAUCUUCUCCAACGAUCUUCCACAGAGAUUUGUGGAGGCCUCAAAAUCAAUCCAACCCUUUAACAUCGAGGAUGCUUAUAUUGGAAUGUGCAUGAAAAAGCUCGGACUUGCUCCCAAAUCACCGCCAGACCCCUCCCAGUUCAAGGCCUAUAACACAAGAUAUAAUCGCUGCGAAUACUCCAAGAUCAUCACAUACAUUCUUGGGUCUUCACAAGAGUUGGUGAAAUACUGGACAGACUUGAAGAAGCCUGAACCCCCUUGUUAGGACAAUGACACUGAGAAAUCUGAGUGGCAGUGAACUGGAAGGUUAACUUAUUUAUGCAUUUCUACUGUACUGGUGGAAGAUUAUCAGGACAUCCUCAUUUCAGAAUCAAGCCUUGGAUCAGCAACGUGUAUUUAAAUAUAUGAAGGAAAUGUUUAUUCGUACUGGUGGUGGAAAUGUGAAUGAGGGGAAUUAAAGGUAACCUUUUGAUAACUAAUGUUGUAGAGCAGCGUUACCACCUGUGUAGUACAGUGCCCUCCAGAAUUAUUGGCACUCCUUUAGUAAAAGUUUGCAAAACAGGCUGUAGAAUGUCUUUUGUUUAUCGUCCUGGCCUUUCACUUAAAACAUUCACAUAAAU